AAACGGGUAAACUUGGCGCCACGGACGCAGAAGGAGAAAGAUAGCGUUUCGAUCUCCAUCAGAUAUUUCGUGUGUUCGCUAAAUAAAUCGUUACGAAAAGAAACCCCGUUUCAACUGAAACAUGACUAUGAAACUCACAGAAGGAGCCGUUGAGGCUUUCUCUAAAGGCACAGAGGUGUCCAACCCCUUGCUGCAAGUCGUGAACAUCCGCAAAAUUGAAGGGGGCACUGGGCCGGCCAGGUUUCGGCUGAUGAUGAGUGACGGGCUUUACACCAUGUCCUCAUUCAUGCUGUCCACCCAGCUGAACCCCAUGGCUGAGCAGAACCUCCUGGCCCCCAACUGCAUCUGCCUGGUCAAGAAGAAUGUGACCAACACGCUAAAGGAUGGGAGACGGGUGGUGAUCAUCUUGGACGUGGAGGUGGUGAAGUCAGCAGAGGAUGUGGGCGGGAAGAUUGGUGACCCCACCCCUUACGUGGAAGGCCAAACAAAGCCACAGCCAUCUGCCCCCGCCUCCACUGUCCAGCCACUGCAGCCCCGAAAUGGACAUGAAGCCAACACCAACAGAGGUCCCAGUCGAGAUUUUGGGAAGAAACCCCAGCUGGCCCUUCCAAGCACCCCCGGAGGAUCGUCCAAAGUUGUGCCAAUUGCAAGCCUGAACCCCUAUCAGUCAAAGUGGACCAUUCGCGCUCGUGUCACAAACAAGAGCAGCAUUCGCACAUGGAGCAACUCGCGUGGGGACGGCAAGCUUUUUUCCAUGGAGAUCGUGGAUGAGACCGGGGAGAUCAGAGUGACCGCUUUUAACCAGGAAGUGGACAAGUUCUUCACCCUCAUUGAGCCUGGCAAGGUGUAUUACAUCUCAAAGGGCUCCCUGAAGAUCGCCAACAAGCAGUACACAUCCCUUAAAAAUGAUUACGAGAUGACACUCAACGGCGAGUCCUCCAUUAUUCCUUGUGAGGACAGCCAGGAUGUUCCCAUGGUCCAGUGCGACUUCGUCUCCAUAGCUGACCUAGAGUCCCGGGAGAAGGAUGCCAUCAUUGAUGUGAUCGGGGUGUGCAAGAGCGUGGACGAGGUGUCCCGCAUCACCACCAAGAACAACCGCGAAGUGUCCAAGAGGACCAUCGGCCUCAUGGACAUGUCCGGAAAGGUGGUCACUGUCACGCUGUGGGGAGAAGAGGCAGAGAAGUUUGACGGGUCCGCACAGCCUAUCCUGGCCAUUAAAGGGGCUCGGCUGUCUGACUUCGGCGGACGGUCUCUCUCCGCCCUCUUCAGCAGCACUGUGAUGGUCAACCCAGACAUCCCAGAGGCCUACAAGCUCCGAGGCUGGUAUGAUAAGGAGGGCCAUGCUCUGGACGGGCAGUCGGUGACAGAGAUGAAGGCUGGGGGAGGGGGUGGAGGCAACACCAACUGGAAAACCCUGACGGACAUCAAGAAUGAGCACCUGGGGCACGGAGAGAAGGCGGACUACUUCAGUUGCGUGGCCACCGUCGUGUACCUGCGCAAGGAGAACUGUCUGUACCAGGCCUGCCCCACACAGGACUGCAACAAGAAGGUGGUGGACCAGCACAACGGCAUGUUCCGCUGUGAGAAGUGUGACCGCGAGUUCCCCAACUUCAAGUACCGGCUCAUCCUCUCUGUUAACAUCGCUGACUACGGAGACAACCAGUGGGUGACCUGCUUCCAGGAGAGCGCGGAGUCCAUUCUCCACCGUGAUGCGGAAUCUUUGGGGAAGCUGAAGGAAUCGAACGAGACCGCCUUUGAUGAAGUCUUCCAGCAAGCCAACUUCAACACGUACAACUUCCGCAUCAGAGUCAAGCUGGAGACAUAUAAUGAUGAGUCCCGGAUCAAAGCAACGGUGAUGGACCUCCAGCCCGUGGACCACAAGGACUACAGCAGGAGGCUGAUGGCGAGCAUCAGGAAACUGGCCGCCCAAUAGGAGCGUUGCAAACGCUUCUGUGAAACACCCCCCACCCCACCCCCCCUCCCGGUUGGGGCAAACAUCGGCACUUCAAUCCUGCCCUCAGUAUCGUGAUCAGAUGGGUGCCGUGUAUUGUUUUUGUUUUUGUUUUCUUU